ACUCCGGGUGAUCCCUCAGUCGGCCCAGCUCGCGCCCAAUCCCGUCCAGCCUGGGGCUCUAGGCGAUGGCCGCGGCUGGGAUCCUCCUGGCCGCCGCUCUGGGGGGGGGGCUGCUUUUCAUCGCGCGGUGCUUCCGUUCCGUGGCCGGAAAAAUUGCGCUGAAGAUGCCCGCCGGCGGCCCGAUGGAGGGCAAGACUGCGAUCAUCACCGGAGCUAACAGCGGCUUGGGGCGGGCCACGGCGGCCGAGCUGCUACGGCAAGGCGCGAGGGUCAUCAUGGCCUGCCGGGACUCCGGCCGCGCGGAGGAGGCUGCCCGAGAGCUCCGUGCCGAGCUGGGCCUCUGCUCGCGCGGGGGGGGCGAGUGCCGCGGGGAGCUGGUGGUGCGUGAGCUCGACCUGGCUUCGCUCCGCUCCGUGCGCAGCUUCUGCCAGCAGGUGCUACAGGAAGAGCCGAGGCUGGAUGUCCUGAUCAACAAUGCUGGGAUAUUCCAGUGUCCUUAUAUGAAGACAGAGGAUGGUUUUGAGAUGCAGUUUGGUGUCAAUCACUUAGGUCACUUUUUGCUCACAAAUCUUCUCCUUGGUCUUCUAAAAAGUUCUGCUCCCAGCAGGAUUGUAGUAGUGUCCUCCAAGCUUUACAAAUAUGGAGAAAUCAACUUUGAUGACUUAAACAGUGAGCUAUGUUACAACAGAAGCUUUGCCUAUAGUCGAAGUAAACUGGCCAACAUAAUGUUUACAAGGGAGUUAGCCCGACGCCUAGAAAACACAGGUGUCACUGUGAAUGUAUUACAUCCUGGUAUUGUCAGAACAAAUCUAGGUAGGUACAUCCAUAUUCCUUUAUUAGCCAAGCCCCUUUUCAAUUUGGUAUCUUGGGCAUUCUUCAAAUCUCCGUCAGAAGGAGCCCAGACUUCUGUUUAUCUGGCAUCUUCUCCAGAAGUAGAGGGUGUAUCUGGGAAAUAUUUUGGAGACUGUAAGGAGGAGCAAUUGUUGCCCAAGGCCAUGGAUGACUUGGUUGCAAGAAAACUGUGGGAUAUCAGUGAGGUGAUGGUUGGGUUAUUAAAAUAAUCAAGGAGAAGCACUUUACUGAAAUAAUGGAAAAGGCUAUUUUUGAGACUUUCUGCCUCCCCCCCCCCCCCCGCCGUACUUCAUUCCCUUGGUCUUUCAAGUUGAGACACUUGGGGAUUCAGAGCAAUCUAUGGCGAAUCUUGAUUCUUUCCACUCUGUUUUUUUAAAAACAAAAAUCUCAAUAUAAAGGAAAUUAAUAUUUAAGGAAAAGAGUUAGAGUUUAAGAAAAAUGUUAAUAUAUUUUGAGAGAGAUGUACAAUUCCAUGAAAAUUUAAAAAAAAGGAAGAAAGGCUAUUUUUGAAAUGUGUGCUGAGAGUUCAGUGCUUCAUAUCUGAAUUAGCUGUGCAUGGUGCUAUAUUUGUGUUGCAGCAUUGUUCUAUUAAAGAAAAAACAAAAGAGAGAGACCUAUUUUUUAUGUCUCAUUCAGUGUGGCAUAUAUUUCUUCUUUAGUUAGGAAGCCUAGUCAAAAACUGUAAAGGGAAAAUCUGGCUUGUGAUACCCCAUGCCAGCCUUUCUGAUCUGCCAUGAGAGUCUUGUAGUGCUCUGUGGUUGCAUAAUGGUUAAUUUUACAUUGUCUACAUAGCAUUUCAUCUUGUACUUCUCUCCCUGAAUCUUAUUCCCAAGUAUUUGUUUGUCUAGCUGAAUCCUGUCCUCUAAAACUUCUAAAGCCAUUACAAAUAAAGAGAGAGGAAAGUGGGCACCCUUCCCCGGUGCCUUUGCUUAUUGGAAAACUUGUGGAGAGUGUUCCAUUUGUUGUGAUCUUUGCCAUUGAUAUAUGCUCUCCAUCCAGGUUUUAAAUUCUUCUCCUGGAUUCACUUUGUUUAAAACUGCUAAUAAGAAAGGCCACUCCAAGAGUUAAAGCUGUUUCUGCAUCUAAAAAAUACUAUUGCUGCCUUCUUUUUUGUUGAGGGUGUAUCCUGGUGCAUUUAUUAUAAAUCCUGUGUUGUCCUUCAUUUUCCUCUUGGGAAUAUAACCUGUUUGGUCUAUAUGGCAUUAUUUCAGAAAUACACUUCCUCAAGCAUUCAGCUAGUAUUGUAGAUGCCAUGCUCUCCUGAUCUACAAAUGCCAGAAUCCCCAAGCAGUCCGGGACAGAACACAUUGGGUAAAUUCUUGAAACUGGGUUAAAGCCUUAAAAAUAUUCAGAAUACAAAUCCACCCAGCCCUCCUGCCUACUUACUAAGAUUGAACUGUUUUUCCAGAAUCAGUGAGCCAUAAGGUAGCCAACUGCUACCUGUUGACAAGUCUAUUAGCCUAAGUAGUGUUGUAUGUAAGUAACUUUUACUAAAGUCUAUGGAAACUGUUUUCCUUUUUUUUUUAUCUUUUCAUUCUUUUAGUUUUCUCUUUAUUUUCCUUUCCUUUUUUAAAAAAAAUUAGGAUACUUAUCACUUGGGUCUGGUGUCUUCAGAAUAAUUUUGAGUAAUAUAUAGUAAUAAAAUAUGAAUGGGACUUUCACAUGAAACUAGAAAUUAGAAUUUAGUCCAAAUGCAUUUAAUCAUCAAAUGUCAGCAAUGCAUAAAUAAUUAUGCAGAAACUACCUUUCAUAAACCACAAGGACUGCCACCUAAUGCAUAAAUGUAAAAGUGGACUGUUAAAAGUAAUUGGAGGAAGUGGCUGUGGACUGUGGUUGGAGCUGGCCUAUCUCCAUUUGGCAGAUCUAUUAAGUACUGCUGCAGUGAAACUGAAUGUAUUCCAAAGAUUAAAUCUCAAAAGGUGUGGCACUGGGCAUGAUUGAUUCCUAGGUCCUUAUCCUAGUAUGCAGCCUGUCUUCCACAGUAACUGAAGUGAUAAAUUGUUUUCUGUAUAAAUGAAUUGGUUUAAGGGAACAGGGAUGAAAUACAUGCACACACUCGCACAUACAAAACACACAUAUAUGCACAAGCACAUCCUUCACAAUAUAGUUAAACUAGUAUUGAAUUGCAUCAGCUAAAAAGUCUUCAUAUAGAUUCUCUGCCAUGCAGAGUCAUUAAAAUUUCACAUAUUUCAUUUUUACUUUAAUUACGUACUAUGUACAU